GUCUGGGCUGCAGAGGCAUUCCUGCCUGAGUUGGAGCUGAGCACCUGUCCGAGUGGGGAGGCCCCAACUGAGCCAUGAAUACCGUGAAGGUAAAGAAACUGAACGGCGAGGUGUACACCGUGCGCCUGGUGGACACCCUGAGCGAGCUGCAGCAGCUGGUGGCCCAGCAGCAGACGGACGUGCCCGCCUUCCUGCAGCGCCUGGUCCUGCACCCCGAGGGCACGGUGCUGCGGGACGGGCAGAGCCUGGCCAGCCAGGGCCUGCGCCCCGACGCCAUCGUCUUGCUGGUGGUCGAGGAGGACAGAACGCUGAGCAUCCUGGUGAAGAACACCAGGGGCCAGAGCGUGUCCUACGACGUCCGGCUCACACAGACCGUGGCGGAGCUCAAGCAGCAAGUGAGCGUGAAGGAGCGGGUGCCGGUCGACCAGUUCUGGCUCAAAUUCCAGGAGCAAUCCAUGGAGGACAGGAGGCAGCUGGGGAACUACGGCCUCAGGAACCUCUCCACCGUGGACAUGAACCUGUACCUGCGCGGGGGCGCUGGUGGGGGCGUGGCCUGAGACCCUGACACCGCAAUAAAGCUCCAAGGCUUC